AUGGUGGUUUUACAAGAAUCCGGUGGUUCGCCAGUCCAUGCACCGGCUGCCAUUUUAGAUCAUUUGGAUUAUAGACGCUUGAAAAUGGUACCCAAGAGAUAUUUGAGCAUCCAUCCAUAUCUCACGCCCUUCUGUGCCAAGGAUCUCAAAACACAAAUCUGCACUUUACAGUACACUUUACAGUACACUUUACAGUACACUUUACAGUACACUUUACAGUACACUUUACACUUUACAGUACACUUUACACUUUACAGUACACUUUACAGUACACUUUACAGUACACUUUACAGUACACUUCACUUUACAGUACACUUCACUUUACAGUACACUUUACAGUACACUUUACAGUACACUUUACAGUACACUUUACAGUACACUUUACACUUUACAGUACACUUUACAGUACACUUUACAGUACACUUUACAGUACACUUCACUUUACAGUACACUUUACAGUACACUUUACAGUACACUUUACAGUACACUUUACAGUACACUUUACAGUACACUUUACAGUACACUUUACAGUACGCUUUACAGUACACUUUACAGUACACUUUACAGUACACUUUACAGUACACUUUACAGUACACUUUACAGUACACUUUACAGUACACUUUACAGUACACUUUACAGUACACUUUACAGUACACUUUACAGUACACUUUACAGUACACUUUACAGUACACUUUACAGUACACUUUACAGUACACUUUACAGUACACUUUACAUUGUAUUACAGUGAACAGUUUCUCGAUUGAAGAAGAAUACUUAGCACUGAGAGUAGACCAUGAUUAUGUCUUAGAUUUCAUCACGGACGGUGUUUUUGAUUUAUCCAGUAAUAUAAUAUGGUCUUUCAACAGUUUUACUAACAAUGAGCGAUCAAUCUUUUUGUCGUCUUUCUUAUCGUUACUAUCACGGUCGUCCUCUGAUGAUGCCAUCGUAGUAAAAGUGAUAAUAAUGAUAUGA